AAUACCUACAAACCCUACUUAUAUAUUCUCACAAUCUGCCACACUUCUGCGCCUCUCGCUCUGCACAAACCCUAACCCCAAAGCCGGAACCCUAAUCGCAGCAAUCUAGCGAAUAUGAAGGUUGUCGCCGCUUACUUGCUGGCAGUAUUGGGAGGGAACCAAUCCCCUUCUUCCAAAGAUAUCAAACACAUCCUUAGCUCAGUUGGUGCUGAGGCUGAGGAUGAGUUGAUCGAGUUGCUCUUGACUGAAGUCAAGGGCAAAGACUUCAACGAGCUACUUGCUAGCGGAAGGGAAAAGUUGUCUGCGGUGCCUUCUGGUGGUGCUGCUGUUGCUGUCGCUGCCGCACCUGGUGCUGCCGCUGGUGGUGCUGCACCUGCUGCUGAAGCAAAGGAGGAGAAGAAAGAAGAGGAGAAGGAGGAGUCUGAUGAUGACAUGGGUUUCGGUUUGUUCGACUAAAAGGUCUGAAGUUAUGUGUCUUACUUUUGCAGUUCCCUUUAGUUUUUUAGCCCAAUUCACAAGGUUUUGUUACUUGAGUUACAUAUUGUUUUAGGUUUUAUGGGUUUUGCCUCGUCAUUUGAGACAAUGUAAUGGCAUUAAACUGUUUGAUAUAAUUUAGUAAUGUUUGAAUUUAAUUUGUUUGGUCUCUUGGCCAUUA